AUGAACAUCGACGCCAUCGUGGUACCAGACACUGUCAAGCCUAUCCCUCCACAGUGGGUCAACGACGUGGAGCUGGAUGAGUUCGGGGCCGAGAUGGGCGACGUGAUCGGGGAAGGUCCAGUUCUGGCAUGGAGUUCUGAGGAGCGGAAGCAGCGCUAUCAGCACGCCCUACGCAGACUGGACCUCAACGAGGAGAUGCUGAGCUCCAAGCGCAUCACGCUGAUGAGCAAAACCGAGCUCGGCCAGGAAAAGAAACGCGUCAAAGCGGAAUUGAAACGCUACGACACUGAUUGGAAGAAGCAGUUCAAGGUUCUACCAAACCAUUCGCAGAAGGAGGUCAUGCGACCGCUGUACCUCUACUACAGGCGCCUCAAGAAUCAGCUGGCGACGGCUGACUCCGGGGCUCGAGAUCAAGACAGCGACGAUGACCUCCUGGGCAGGCAGCCUGGCCCGGAGAGUGCGCGGUCUGGCAGGCGCACGAACAAGGAGAAAGCAGAGCUGCAGAUCUCGCAGCUCGAGGCGCGUGCCAACUCGCUGCAGCAAGAGAAAGGUGCAAUCAGGACCAAGUUGAAGGAGUUCCAAGAGAACUUUCUUCUACAGCACCAUCGAAAGAUUCGCUUUCACAAGGACAUCCUGCCCAUCGAGAAGGAGUACAGGAUGUACAAAAACAUCAAAGAGGAGCUGCAAAAGGUCGCUGCGGCGCUGGCCCUGGUGAACUGCACCGGCUUCGUCAACACCGGCAUUCAAGGCCGCCUGUCCCAGGAUGUGACGGCACUCAGAGCCGAGGCGAAGAAGGCCAAGGGUCCCUGGGUAGGGCCAAAGAAGGGCUCUUGGGUGAAGAUCCUGCGCCCCGAGUCUUACUGGCAUCUCGGCUGCUCCUGGUUCCAGCAGCGAGGACAGGUGGUGAACGUGAACCAGAAACCUGAGGUCAAGUAUCCGGUCACCGCCGUGAAGUUCGACUCUGUGAACUACGCAAAUGUGAACACCAACGGCUACGCGCUGUGGGAGGUGAUCGAGGCGCCUGCCCCGGGCCCAGGUGAGGUGGAAGUACAGUGCUGUGAGCGCCAUCGGUUCACCGUGCCCAGUGCAAGCCUCAUCCAACGCGUUUGGUUUCACCUUGUCUUCAUGUGCCAAUGGAUGCAAUCCGAUUUGCUUGCCAUGAGAAAGUCACCAUGA